CCUGUGUACGGAAGGGGGCGGGGUUUAGUGUGCAGGAUUUCCUGCGCUGUCACUUGAAAACAACCUCCGCGCGGCUGAACGUCUCGAGCUGAAUGUGUCCGACACGCGCACAUUGAACGAAGCAGCUCGUGUUUAUGUGUGUUCACUCGCCGAGUCCUCGGGCUCUUCGCGCGCUCAACAGGUGAAAGGCACCUGACUUUCACUCAACUUGUUCAUGGCAAGCCAAGCCUGGCUGGAGUCUUCUCUGCGGCGCUCUGCCAGUCUGGGUCUGGAGGUGCUGGAGCGGGCCUCCAGGCGCAGUGUAGACUGGACGAGCACGGGGCCAUCCCAGACCUCCACUACUACAGAUGAAGAGACGCAAGUCCCUGUCAAGAGAACACACACAGAGCUUGAUGAUGUCUUUGCAAACAUCGCAGACUUGAUGACACAGAUGACUAAUCAGUGCAAGAGGUUCUAUGGGUCUGGAUGUUGCACUGAGUCCACUGACAAUGAGAGGAAGCAUGUGUUCAGGUUCCACGACAGGAUGACGACACCGCCAACCAGAAAACAUACAAGGGCUCCACACAACAAAGGUCAUGUGUCUCCAGCGAGUGAAGACUUUUUCAUUGAGGUCUCACCGGGGACAUACACCGUCACUGCCGGCAUGCCGGACUCACAGCAGCAGACUCAGCUGGUCAGUGUCAAAGCUGGGGAGAGUGUGGAUCUCACCUUUAAUCUCUGAGCCCUCACCUGACCGAACCAGUCACCUUUAACCUUCAAUAACUAAACUGACCAAUGCUAUUUAUGCUGUUUGUGUGUGUUUAUUGUUUUUGCACUGACUUCUGAGUUUACAUUUUAUUUUGCUAUCAAAAUGUUUUAUUUGCUACAUAUUGAGAAGCCAUAUUUUUAUUGCAGAUUAUUUUAUGAUGUAGAUUGUGUCCAUAUCCUGCCAUAGAACAUCAUGUAUGCAGUAUUUUUACCUGCACUAAUGUCACAUCAGUGUAUUGAAAUAAAGUAUUUUUAUCAUCACUUUUUUAAAAUAA